AUGGAACGAGUUCCGUUCCUUGGCCGGCUCUUUUGGCACGAGUAUCUAGCGCUCGUGGGCUCACUCGUUCUGGUGGCAUGCGAAGUUGUCUUACGAGCUAUCACCUUGCUAUUGCCUUCACCUAUCAUUCGUUUUUGUUACAAUACCUCACGAGCUUUGUUCAAUCGCCUGUCCUCGCCCACGUCGAAACGGGCUCGUUCGAAGAAGAAGACCAUCUCAUCGUCGAUCGCAACGUGCUCAGAUUUCACCGAGCUAUGCGCAUUGUGGGGCUACUACGCUGAGGAGCAUAUCGUACAGACCAAAGAUGGCUAUCUACUGGGAGUGCACAGACUACCCUUCAGGAAAGGAGAGGAUCAGGCGGGUGUUCGAGUCAAUGCUGGUACGGACUCUGUCCGCAAGCCAAUCGUCUAUCUGCAUCACGGUCUGCUGAUGAACAGCGAGGUCUGGGUCUGCAUGACGGAAGAAGAAAGAUGUCUGCCCUUUGCUCUCGCGAGUCAGGGUUAUGAUGUAUGGCUUGGGAACAAUCGAGGCAAUAAAUACAGCAAAAAGUCUACGAAGCACUCCCCUUCCUCUAUCAGGUUUUGGAAUUUCUCGAUAGACGACUUUGCUUUCCACGAUAUCCCCGAUACGAUCAAUUACAUCCUUCAGGCCACAUCCCAGCAGUCCCUGUCCUACGUUGGUUUCAGUCAAGGCACAGCUCAGGCUUUCGCGACUUUAGCAAUUCAUCCUGAAUUAAACGAAAAGGUCAACCUGUUCAUUGCUCUGGCUCCAGCUAUGUCGCCUGCUGGCUUGAGCAAUGGCAUUGUGGACGCUCUGGUCAAGACAAGCCCUGAUCUCCUGUUUCUGGCAUUCGGCAGGAAGAGCAUUUUAUCUUCAGCCACGAUGUGGCAGUCUAUCCUCUAUCCACCAAUUUUUGUCAGACUUAUCGACCUAUCUCUUAGCUUUCUCUUCGGUUGGAACAGCAAGAACAUGUCUACUCACCAGAAACUUGCUGCUUAUCCUCAUCUGUAUAGCUUCACCAGCACAAAGUCUGUCGUGCAUUGGUUUCAGAUCAUUCGCAACAAAUCGUUUCAAAUGUAUGACGACGACUAUUCCGGCAAAUUCAAAAUCAGUGCGACAAACCGAUACUACAAGCCUGCGAAAUUCCCAACUCGAAACAUCAAAACGCCAAUUGUGCUUGUCUAUGGUGGUAGUGACUCGCUGGUCGAUAUCCGGGUUAUGCUUAGAGAGCUUCCCCGUCAUACUAUUGCUAGCGAGAUCUCCCAUUAUGAGCAUCUAGACUUCCUGUGGGCACAAGACGUAGAUAAGCUGGUCUUUCCACACGUUUUUGAGGCUCUUAGGUACACUAAUGACAACUUGAACGCUAGUGUCAAUGGCACGAGUCGUUAUCUUGCUGCUAAGAUUGGAGACACAUCUUACCUGCAUCGAAAACAAGGCAGCGCUAGCACCUGGUCUGAAGAUGAAGGAGGAUCGUUCUCCGACUACGACACAAACCAAGACAAUAUCACGAGACCAGUACCUGGAACGAAGAGUUAUGCGCAACAGCAAAGAGAGCUACCUUACCAGGUCAACAAUACUCAUAAGAUAGAGGGAACCAACGAGGAUGCAUCCCGACCCAAGACUCCAGCAACAACACCUGCAACGUCCGCAAUACCAGCCUCGCCGACCGCCACUUGGGUCGCUCAGCAGAGGAAGCAAGCCCUGAAUGACAUCGCUAAUGGUGACGAUAGUGGACGUGAAAGUGCUGCCACAAGAUUGAGACGCGCGUCUAAUACGCCAGUAGAUAAUAUCAUCACAGAGGAAUUACGUACCAUAGGCAAGAGACGGAGUAGAUUGUUAGAUGAAGACGACAAGGCGGGGAGCACAGGCUCAGGUCGAACCUCACCCGCAACGGUCCCCACAUUCGGUGCCAAGGGUAUCAGUGUUGGUACUUCGAGGCCAAGUGUCAGUGACGGUACUCUCGCUGCGAGCUAG